AUGGACUGCGGAGUAGGCACAGGUGUAUACUCCGAUGAUCUUAAAAUUUCUCGCUCCUUCCGUCUACCGAACUUGGCUAGCAUCUUCCAUGCGGAAGUACUGGACAUAGAGAAGGCCUGUGAAGUUCUAUUGGCUAACCACCAGAGGAUACAAAAAGCAAUAAUCUAUACAGAUAGUCAGGCGGCGCUCCUAGCUUUGUCGACGCCAUUUACUAAUUCCAGCGUAGUCCAAAACUGCAAGAAGGCAUUGAGCACUCUGAAAGACAAAGUACAAUUAGACUUGGUUUGGGUUCCCGGCCAUAGGAACAUCUUCGGUAACGAAAAGGCAGACGAGUUGGCAAAAGCAGGAGCCGUUUUAGACGAAUCCGAAGCUAUGCCAAUACCAUGCCCGCAAUCAAAAGAGAGCUCAACAUACAAUUCGAACAAUUAG